AUGAUGACGAUGAUGAGAAACAAAGUCACGAGGACUUCUUCUUCAUCGAGAAAGAGUUUCAGACGCAAAAACCGCGGAGGACGCGCGCUGCGAACGCUUUUCGUGUGCGCGUUGUUCGCGGUGUUUUUGUCCAGCAGCUUCCCGCAAAGAAGACCAAGCGCGACGACAAAAGAAAAUAAAUUUGGGAAUUUCUUGUUUGUUGGAGCACAAACUUCAGGCACGGAAACGGAAGCCACGGUGGCGGAGGCGACGCCGUGCGACACGAGCGUACCACCAUUAAACGGUGCAGUUGGAACGUGUGCGAACGUUUUAGACGCGGGCAAGACGUGUCAGCCGACGUGUAACAAAGGGUAUACGGUUUCCGGGAAAACCACGUGCGUGGGCGGCGUGUUGGAAGCGGCCACGUGCGAGUUUUACUUUUGCAAUUCUGAUCCGGACACUUUUUUCAAAGAAGAAGGGUUGGGGGAUUUGAAAAACUAUUUUUGCGCGGUUGAAGAUACGGUGAUGACGACGACGUUGAAACCGACGAACAACGAGUGGGAAGCGGAAGGGAACACGCUGACGUACGAAUUGAUUUGCCCGCCGGACAGGACGUUGAAGGUUGGGGCCGUAGGAAACGAAGUGGCGCAAGCGUUUUUGAGCGAAGGCGGGGUUUUAUCGUUUACGCCGGAUACGCACAAAUUUUCUGAGAGUAAAACCGAUUUGUCUCUGUUUUCGUUUCGUGUGACAAAGACGGUGUAUGAUGCUAACGGUGAGAUGCUGUCGCAAGACACGGAGGUGUCGACGGGAAGAAUUUACAUCGAGCCGAGAAACGAUCCGGCGAGUUGGCCCGAUGAUGUUGAAGAUUUAACAUUUGGACAACAAGUGAGACCGAAUAAGUUGACGCCAACCGGAACGAACAGCGGAUGGCAAGGGUAUACGUUUGAAUCGUUCCAAACCGCGACGGCAUACGCGUUACCGACCGAGUCCGGGACAUCCGGGGACUACAACACGUAUAUCUUGAGAGGCAAUUUGAAUUGCAUCGAUGCAUCGAAUGUGGGAGUGUCCGCAGAUGGUUUCGUCAACUGCGCCUCGGGGUACGCGUAUGAAGACUUGGAUGCCGACCAGGAUUAUUUACAAUACGUGAUCACCAAGCUGCCGACGUACGGAGAAGUAAGGUUGUCGUGCGACUACACAGCCAACAAUGGUAAAGGCGCCCAAUUGUGUGGCGAAGAUGCCGGCGCGUUUGUAUAUAUCCCGUACGGAAAUAACAGCGGAUUGUCCGAUACGUUCGAGUACGCGGUUAACGACGUGGAAGCGGGCGGACACGAGGGGUUGGAUCCGCCGACGGGUUUGCCCGCCGGGACGAGAGGCGUCAAUUCGGCCUCGAGACGGGUGAAGAUCACCGUCGCCGAAAAGACGUUCUUACCAUCCAUCACGGGUGUGAAGGAACUCGUCACGAACGAAGUGUCCACGACGGCGAAUGUUGUGGAGGAUACGAAGACGGACUUCUCGGUAAAGCGCGCGGUCGCGGCGGAUUUACCUCAUUCCGGUAAAGACAAGAACGGUGAAGACGCAAGCAUUACCGAAUCGAUGUUGAGAGUGUACACGGCGCAAAACUCUUUUUACGACGCCGUCACAGAUGUGGAUGGCUACGAAACAGUUGAGCACGGGAGAAUCAAGUGGCAUUGUUGGGACGAAGGGGGGGACAACGGCCAGUGUGAAGGCAACGUUUGCGCGCAGGAACAUUCCGGAGAGCAGGUAACUGUGAACGAGUUGACCAUGUACACGUGCGAUUGUGAACCCGACCCCACAAAGAACAUUUUCGAAGAGAACAACUUUUGGCAAACGUGCACGAAGAAAGUUUUGGAGGCUGGUACAGAGCUAAGCGCGUAUUUUACUUAUGAACCGACGAAGGACCGAGGCGGUGUAGAUGAAGAACUUUGGAUGCGCAUCGGGGUCAAAGAUGGCAUCGUCACAGGUUUCAACUACGAAACUGCCACAGUGCUCAUAAGUGUUGUCAUUUCGCAGGUAGACGACGGGUCCGAGCUCGGCGUGUACGGCAAAGACGCGGAUGGCGUAGAGGUUUUGAAAACCUCCAAUCCAAUGUUUACGGCGCCAAUGACCGUGACCGAAGUCGUCGGCACGACGAAGGAAGAGCUCAGUUUUGAGGAGUACGCAAAGCAAUGGCAAGAGUUCAAGAUUAAAGCCGCGGAUGAGGACACGGAUAGACUUUUCAUCACGUUGAUAAACGCAGACGCCAUCCAAGGAACGGUAACGCAUCUCAUACAGGGCGUGCAAACCGGCGAUCUGACCAUGGGUACGGACUUGAGUGACCUUUACGGGUCUAUAAACGUCGUCUCAAUGGGUGGGAACAAAGAGACGGGAUUUUCCGCGACGCUCUAUUAUCGCGCGAAGGAGUAUUGGAGAGGCCCGAUGGAGACACUCAAGUUUGCUGUCUCGCAACAAGAAAAUUAUAGAGGUGGCGACGACAACGCUCAAAUAAUUGAAGUCACAUUUUCUACCAAGUGCGCUCCUGGACACACUAAGAACUCUUUGGAAACGCAGUGUACACCGUGUGGCUUUGGUGAAUACGCGCAGUUGUUUGACAUGAUCUCGUGUUCGCCUUGUGCCGCCGGUACUUUCGCCGGGAAAACUGGCUCAGAGAAGUGCGAAUCAUGCGGAGUGACCUCGUAUCAACCUUUUGAAGGUAAGAGAGCGUGCACCGCGUGUCCAUCGAGAUCGACCACGGAAGGUGGUGCCAUUGCUCUCACGGAGUGUUUGUGCGACGUUGGAACGUACGGGAAUCUGCUCACCGUCAUCGACGACCAAACGAGCGACUUUGACAGCAUUUGCAAGGUUUGCCCGCCUUUGGGGAGUAGGUGCACAGAAAGAGGUUUAAUCGUUCCAGAAGCCGAGUUUGGAUAUUUCGUCGAUAUUCCAGACGCAGCGCUAGGGACUGAAUUAACAAUUCGUGAGUGCACGCCUGAACAAGCAUGCCCGGGGAACGCGACUGACGAUCAGAUUUUGGCGGACGUCUACCCGUGGACUAUCCAGUGCACGGAAGGAUACGAAGAGAAGGGUUGCGCGCAGUGCAGUAACAAUUACUACCGCUUGAAGCAGCAAUGCAACAUGUGUCCAGACACGAAGUGGGAAUCGUAUUUAAUUCUUUUCCUGAUGUUGGUUGGUUUCAUCAUGUUGUUGCCGAUCCUCGUCAAGUUAUUGAGAAGAUUCAAAGCGAUUUCGCUCUUGUUCGUGUUCGUCCAAAUAACCGCCGUGUUAUCGGAUUUGGACUUCAAGUGGCCUCCGAUUAUUCAAAACUUGUACAAGUACUUUGCGAUUUUCACGUUUGACAUUCAGUUGCUGCAACCGGAAUGUCACAUUCCGAAGUUUGAUUUCUUCUUGCGGUAUUUUGUCGUCGUGCUCUCGCCGCUCUUUUUUGGAGCGACGUUCGUGUUGAUCACCUUGCUGAAGUUUAUCAUCGGUCAAGUGCUCAUCAGAAUGCUUCUCGCGGGUUCGUUUGACUCGUGGUUCGCGUACGAUACUCGCGAUGUGGACGACGAAGGCAACCGCAGAGGUAAAUUGCAGAGGAUGAAGGAAAGGGCGAAGAAGAUGAUCACAGAUAAGAAAAUACAAUUGGAAGAGUUCUCCGUUGGUGAUCACAUCCGAUCAACUGCGAGGAUGUUUAUUCGCAUCAUGCUCACUUUGAUGGAUAUUUCUUACAUCUUUCUCUCGAGAGCGACGCUUGAAUAUUUCGAUUGCGUGAAAAACCCGGCGAAUGGAAUCUCGUAUUUGGAAGCUGAACCGAGCAUACAGUGUUACGACUGGGGGAACAUGAAAAAUCCCUGGACGCAGUACUUUCCUAUCGCGUUAGUGUUGGUGUGCAUGUACCCCUUUGGUAUCAUCUUGACGUUUUACUUCACGCUGUAUCGAAUUCGGGACAAGUUGAAUCGCCCGGAUACGGUCAAGACGUUCGGGUUUUUGUACGUGGGUUAUCGCCCGGCGUGGUACAGAUACAAGAUCUUAGUCUUGCUUCGCCAACUCGGCGUUGUCGGCAGUACCAUGUUGUUCUCGCAAGGAACAACGAUGAGUCAACUAGGUCAAUCUUUGGGUUGUAUGAUGACUAUUUUUAUCGCGAUGACCAUUCACUUCUUCGCGGACCCUCAGGAAUCCAAACGUCUGGACCGUUUAGAGUCUGCGGCUAUUUUCAUCUCCUUCGUGAACAUCUUCUCCGGUUUGAUUUUUCUAACCGAAAAAGCCUCGAAGAGAUUCGACGAUUUUCUGUCCUGGUUCAACGCAGUUCUCAUUUUAGGAGGCUUGACGAUCUUCCUCAUUUACAUCUUCAUGGAGGUUACUCCGUUUGUCGUCAAAUCUGCGAAAAGCAACAAAGGCAUCGUCGGCGUUUUCUUUGGCGACACCAAAGGUUUCAAAGGCGGCAAAGAAAGCAAAAAUACGACGGCGGAUAAGUUGGCGCAACUGGAUAAACGUUUAUCGAAGAAGAUAUCGACAAAAGCGGAAAAACAAAAAUCGUUGGAGAAAGGCCCUUCGUUGUACCGACGAAUGACGCUGGGUUCUAAACGGGACAUAUUGACCCCUGAAGAACUCCGCGCGGAGGCUCGAUCGAAAUUCGUCAACUCGCAACUAAAAGAAGCUAGUAAGAAUGUCCUCGAUAAGCAUCAAAGAGACUACUUGCAACAGUUACCGGUCGAGGAGGAGGUUUUGGAAAAGUACCGAACGGAGUAUGUGAAUCCAGAAACCAUGGAUGAAGAGUUCACGGAGUUGAACGAAUCUGGCGUGGACAUCCAGGCGCAAUGGAUCGUUGAGAGACAUUUACCAGCGCCGUUUACCAGAGUACACGCGGUUGACAUUUUAAAAAGAGUGAAUGAUUUACUCGAUCGCGCGAGACAGCGGCAAAAGUCUGUACAAGGCGUCAACAUGUUGGGAUCCUUGAAACCGUCUGGAUUGUUUUCGUUGAUUCGAAAAGGUGUCAUUCCUCAAGUUGCGGAUAACUUGAUGAGAAUUCGUUUAACCGCGGACGAUGGACCGAACAAAGUCGUCUCGAAAGUUGUCCCAUUAGCCACGGAAGGUUCCAAAUCCAGAUCGCUUGUCGUUAUGUUUUACGGCUGGGUGAUGCGACGCCUUGGAUUCAACGUCGCGGAGAACGACACGGAGAGGAAGAUUCGAACGAGAGCGGCGUUGAAAGCCGCUUUUCAGAAAGACAGAGGCGCUGCGAAUAUCAUGGAGCGCCUGAAAAAACAGAGAUCUGAAGCAGAGACGAAAGAAGAAGGAGACGGUGGAGGAAAUCCGAAGAAGCUUUCGUUAGUUGAGAAGAUCAAGGCGCAGCAGAAAUUGGAGGAGCAGAAAGCCGCCAACGAGGCGGCGAAGAGAACUGGAGCCCCCACUUCAAAACCUGAGGCGCCGCCAGAAGCCUCGAAUAAAGAACAAGAUGCUCCCCAAAAACCGGCGACGGUGGAGAAGAAACCGUCGGCGUUGGAGAGACUCCGUAGCGUCGCUGGUGGCGGAAAGAAGGAAGAGAAGAAGGAAGACGCCGACGAGAAGGAAAAGAAAUAG